AUGGCCGACCCCAUCAAGACCGGAAACAGGCGGCCCCGACGCAAGCCCAAGCGCCCCUCGGACGCCGCCGAGGGAGACGUCAAGGUCGCUGCUGCCAAGGUCGCCCAGAAGCCCAAGCCCAAGGCCGUCAACAAGAAGGCCAAGUCCAAGGCUCAGGACAAGCCCAAGGCUGCUCCCAAGCCCAACGUCGAGUACCACUCGUCUUCGGAGGACGAGGGUGAGGCCAAGGACGACACUGCUGCUACCACUGCCGCUGUCGACGCCGACGCCGACGCCGACUCCACUGGCUCCCCCGACGAGGCUGGCCCUUCGAAGACGAAGAGGAACCGCCGCAAGCCCAAGGGCAAGAAGGGAAAGGUCUUCCUCGAGGACAAGGCUGGUCUCCUCUCGCUGCUCGACAACGUUACCGCCUCCAAGGAUGCCGUCAUUGCUGCCAAGCAAGAGAAGGAGCGUGGCCGUGUUGCCGCCGCUGAGAAGCGUGAUGACGCCAAGAAGCCCAACAGGAAGGCUCAGGACAGGGCAAAGGCGCUGACCGCGGCCAAGAACGCUAUCCAUGCAAAGGACAUUGAGAAGCGGAGAAGGCGCAAGGGCAAGACCACCGAGGUCGCCGAGCCUGCGAAGAAGGAGAAGAAAAGGGUCGGCUUCGCGUAG